GUGAAGAUCUCCAUACGGCGUUGUCUCGUGCUCUCCCACUAAACUCGUUACGCAGGGAAAGUGGUCACGAUGUCCGGAGGUCUGGAUGUCCUUCAGAUGAAGGAGGAGGAUGUGCUGAAGUUCCUCGCUGCAGGAACCCAUCUGGGUGGAACCAACCUGGACUUUCAGAUGGAGCAGUAUGUCUACAAGAGAAAAAGUGACGGCAUUUAUAUCAUCAACCUGAAGAAAACUUGGGAAAAGCUGCUGCUGGCUGCUCGUGCCAUAGUUGCCAUUGAGAACCCCGCUGAUGUUUGUGUCAUUUCAUCCAGGAACACCGGCCAGAGGGCGUGCUUGUUCGCCUCUGGGACUGGUGCUACCACCUUUGCCGGGCGCUUCACACCUGGUACAUUCACCAAUCAGAUUCAGGCUGCCUUCAGGGAGCCCCGCCUCCUGAUCGUGACUGACCCUCGUGCCGACCACCAGCCGCUAACUGAGGCUUCAUACGUGAACAUCCCCACCAUCGCUCUGUGCAACACAGACUCCCCACUCAGAUAUGUUGAUAUUGCCAUCCCCUGCAACAACAAGGGUCCUCACUCUGUGGGUCUGAUGUGGUGGAUGUUGGCCCGUGAGGUGCUGAGGAUGCGUGGUACCAUUUCCCGUGAGCAUCCAUGGGAGGUGAUGCCUGAUCUCUACUUCUAUAGAGAUCCUGAGGAGAUUGAGAAGGAGGAGCAGGCUGCAGCAGAGAAGGCUGUAGGGAAGGAGGAGUUCCAGGGUGAGUGGUCUGCUCCGGUUGCUGAUAUUGCUCAGCUCGAAGUACCUGACUGGUCUGAGGGCGUGCAGGUCCCAUCAGUACCCAUACAGCAGUUCCCCGCUGGCAUUGAGGCUGCUACGGCUGCUGCCGCCGUUGUCGCUGCCAAACCUGGUCCCACCACUGAAGGUUAUUCCGAGGACUGGAGUGCGCAGCCUGCCACUGAGGAUUGGAGCGCAGCCCCCACUGCUCAAGCUGGGGACUGGGGUGGCUCCACUGCUGAGUGGUCCUAAACACACACUCUUCAACUUGUUAAUCCUGAGCCAAUAAACUUGUUGGCUUGA